AUGAGGAGAUCCGAUUCAAAACAUGGGCCGGGAACCUUGGCGCCCAUCGUGUCGGGAAAUCCUCCCUCGACUACCGACUGCGGCAGGCGAGCCACCUCCAGGAUCAGUGACUCCGAUAUUGAGAAUCCAAUCGUCGAAGAGCGCUUUAGAUUACUCUGCGCGGAUGUCAAAGAGUGUAUCGAUUGUUUGCAUAGUCUUAAUGUUGCCAUUGCCAACCCAGCUCCGAACAAGUUCCCACUUCUCGAUUUCAAGAUAGCUGAGAAGCUCGGGAAGGGAAUCACCAGACGUCGCCAGUUCUUCCGUUACCGACAAAGUCAUCACGAGAAGCCGGCGGCAGGAUUGGACUCCUUGGCUUAUGAAGGAGGCAAAACCAUUGGAGAAGAGGAUGACAAAACCGAGGCCGCGCCGACGACGAUCGCCUCAUCGUUGCCCGAUCACGUAAAAGCCGCGAACAUCAACAUCAAUAGCGAUGCUAUUGACGAAGACAAUUGUUCGGAUACGGGAUGCUCCAUGACGUCAUAUGCGACUUCUCCAAGACAAGGUCGUCAUGAAAACGACAUGUCUCCAGCGAUCUUCGACCCUAUACAUCCCGACUACGGUAGUGGUGAUGAUAGUGACGACAAGAAUCACAUGGGAGUGGUGCAUGCGGGGGAGAGCGAUACUUCUGGUGGCCUUGGAUUCUCUGAGAACCACAGAGAUGUGCUUUCCUCUGAGGUUGAGUGCAGCACGCAACCAAGUUUGGCUGCCGUCACUCAGCAACAGUCUUCGAAGCCGACAUCAGAGGCUGGUACGACUUUCAUGCACCGCGAACACAAGCAGGGAGGCUAUGAGACCAGCGACCAUAACAUAUAUUCGGCUGCUACUCAUCACGACAGCGAAACUAUGGAAUCAAGCAGUGAAGAGAUGGUCGACGAGGCGUUUUAUCCCAUGCCGUCACGAAAAACCAUUCUAUCCGAGGCACGCGACAAGGCAACUACUGCCGUUGAAAUGGAUAAUGGGGGCGCUUGGGAGGCCUAUUCCGAGGCAUACACUUUGCUUCAGCAAGCAUUAUCACACGAUAUGGCAGGAGGAUCUUCAAAAGUUAGAGGCUAUUAAUCCAAGGAAGAGUAA